AGUGGGACCAGGGGGUGGUACCCGCACAGCCUCUAUAAGCGUCGUGGACACCUUGAGGCUCUGCAGCUGCAGUCCUUCCAUGAUGUGGCUCUUAGCUCUGGUCUUGACCUCCCUCACCACUUCCAUGACUUGGGCAGGGCACCCGUCCUCACCUCCUGUGGUGGACACCUCUCAAGGCAAAGUCCUGGGCAAGCACGUCAGCGUAGAAGGAUUUGCACAGCCUGUGGCCGUCUUCCUGGGAAUCCCUUUUGCCAGGCCUCCUCUUGGAUCCCUGAGGUUUGCUCCACCACAGCCUGCAGAGCCAUGGAACUUCGUGAAGAAUACCACCUCCUACCCUCCUAUGUGUUCCCAGGAUGCAGUGGGAGGGCAGGUGCUCUCCGACCUCUUUACCAACAGGAAGGAAAACAUUCCUCUCAAGUUUUCCGAAGACUGCCUGUACCUAAAUAUUUACACUCCUGCUGACUUGAGGAAGAACAGGCUGCCGGUGAUGGUGUGGAUCCACGGAGGGGGUCUGAUGGUGGGCGGAGCAUCAACCUAUAAUGGACUGGUCCUCUCUGCCCAUGAAAAUGUGGUGGUGGUGACCAUUCAGUACCGCCUGGGCAUCUGGGGAUACUUCAGCACAGGGGACGAACACAGCCGGGGAAACUGGGGUCAGUUGGACCAGGUGGCCGCACUUCGCUGGGUCCAGGAGAACAUUGCCAACUUUGGAGGGAACCCGGGUUCUGUCACUAUCUUUGGAGAGUCAGCAGGAGGUAUCAGCGUCUCUAUUCUCGUGUUAUCUCCACUGGCCAAGAACCUCUUCCACCGGGCCAUCUCCGAGAGUGGCGUGGCCCUCACUACUGCCCUGGUCAAGAAAGACAUGAAGGAUGCAGCUCAGCAAAUUGCUUUCUUUGCUGGGUGUAAAACCACCACCUCGGCUGUCACUGUUCGCUGCCUGCGCCAGAAGACAGAAGAGGAGCUCUUGGAGAUAUCGCGGAAGAUGAAAUUUUUCACUAUUGAUUUAUAUGGAGACCCCAGAGAGAGCCAUCCCUUCCUGCCCAUCGUGGUGGACGGAGUACUGUUACCAAAGAUGCCUGAAGAGAUUCUGGCAGAAAAGAAAUUCAACUUUGUUCCCUAUAUCAUCGGAAUCAACAAGCAUGAGUUUGGUUGGCUUCUUCCAAAGCUGAUGGGUUACCCACUCUCUGAAGGCAAGCUGGACCAGAAGACAGCCAUGUCACUCCUGUGGAAGUCUUACCCGCUUAUUGGCAUCCCUGAGGAAUUGAUUCCACUGGCCGCUGAGAAGUAUUUAGAAGGGACAGAUGACCCUGUCAAAAAGAAAGACCUGUUCUUGGAUGCAAUUGGAGAUGUGAUGUUUGGUGUCCCAUCUGUGACUGUGGCCCGUUACCACAGAGAUGCCGGAGCCCCCACGUACAUGUAUGAGUUCCAGUAUCAUCCAAGCUUCUCAUCAGACAUGAAACCCAAGACGUUGAUAGGGGACCACGGCGAUGAGCUGUUCUCAGUCUUCGGGGCACCAUUUUUAAAAGGAGGUGCUUCAGAAGAGGAGAUCAGACUCAGCAAGAUGAUGAUGAAAUUUUGGGCCAAUUUUGCUCGGAGUGGGAACCCCAAUGGGGAAGGACUGCCCUCUUGGCCGGCAUAUGACCAAAAGGAAGGGUAUCUGCAGAUUGGAGCCACCACUCAGCCAGCCCAGAAGCUGAAAGACAAGGAAGUGGCUUUCUGGACCGAGCUCCUGGCCAAGGGGGCAGCAAAAAAGCCACCCCACAAAGAGCACGUUGAGCUGUGAAUGGGUGGCCUGGCUGGCCAUGGGCCCUGGGGGAGCCCAGACUGGGGUAGUCUAUAGAAGGUGUUUAUCAGCCAAAGACGGAUCUUAUUGGAGGAGGCUGGGAAUAUGUCUGGUGGGGGAGGGCAAAGGCCGGGGAAGAGGAAUUGUGGCCAAUUUAGGGAAUAAAUGUUCUCUCGGAGACCA